AUGGGCAAAGAUAUACGCAUAAAUGCGUAUAAAUUUGUUACCUAUUGCGCUGUAUUAUUCUCAUUCGUUGCUGUUUUAUCGGUUUUGGUCACACUUCCUAUGGUCUAUAACUAUGUCAACAAUGUGAAGCAGCAGAUGCAUCAUGAAAUCAAUUUCUGCAAGGGGUCAGCGCAAGAUAUCUUUGUUCAAGUUAACAACUUGAAAAACUUGCCGCAAAGUAGUGCUGCAAACAGGACUGCUCGCCAAGCAGGGUACGGCGCUGAUGCCAGUAGUAGCGCAAGUGGUGGUCAGUGUGAUGGAUGCUGUUUGCCUGGACCACCAGGCCCACCAGGAGCUGCAGGUAAGCCUGGUAAACCAGGUAAGCCAGGUGCUCCAGGAACUCCGGGAUUGCCUGGGAAACCACCAGUAGCCCCGUGCGAA